AUGGACACCAGUCAGUAUGGAAAAUCCGGGGGGUCGCAUAUCCCUCCGCUUCUAGCAAUGAGCACAAACGGCCAGCUAGUGUACAGCGAUUCCGGGGCGCCCAUAAAGAUUGACAUCCACGGAACUAUCGACAAAGGUUUCUUCAUGUCAGAGGGAGAUUGGACGUGUUACAGGAGGAAUUACUUCUCCUGCAUCUGCUCAUACGGUUUGUCGCCGUAUUCGCCCAAUACGACGAUGCAGUAUGUUCCUAGCGGAUCGUCAACAUCUUAUCAAGUAUUUGGGUUUGCGAUGUGCAUUUCUGCCGUGGUUUCCGACAGUGACUCGCACACAAUUGAUUUGGUGCAGCAUACACCAAAGAGAGAUAAAGGACCGGUACAGAAACCGGAGAAAGUUAGGCUUACACCGAAGCAGCCACAGCAAACACCGCACCCAUUACUAUAUCAAGACCAUCACGCUAUGCCCGGAAGUUCGAGACCCUUGUACGAAAGUGGUUAUGGGCAGAGUACGCAGGGGUCCUACCCAAGCGAGCACACGUUCGAAAGGAUCCAAUUCAAGCAGGCGACGGCAAACAAUGGUAAACGAAGAGCGGCUCAGCAGUACUACCAUUUGGUUGUGGAGCUAUACGCAGAUGUGGGAAAUCAAGCCCAGGAUCAGUUCAUGAAGAUCGCAUCUCGGAAAUCUGCAAAGAUGAUUGUAAGAGGGCGCUCCCCUGGGCAUUACCAAACAGAAAGGCGUGGGAGCACCAGUAGCGGACCCGGUGGAUCAAGUGGAAUGGGCGGUUACUCCGGAUCCCAAGUAUUAGGGCCAGAUUACGGUAGCUCGGGCGGUCCUUCGCUUCUUCCAGGCUCGUACGCCAGCGGCGGAGCGUACGAUCCAAGAUCGGGGCAUUAUGGGGGGACUCGCCAUCACGAGCUACCAGCGGAGCCGAUCAUCCCAACCGAGGAAGCCAAGGCUAUCGACAACACAAGGGAGUACCAAUACUAUCCUGCGCCUAUCUACGAAGGUACCGAUGCGAGACAGGGUGUUGAGAUGUUCUCUCACCGAGGCGAGCCGGACAGCUUAAUGACUUCGGCCCCACCGGCGGGAGACUCGAGCUCGUCGAAAGUCAAACACGAAUACGACGGUCCCCUUCCGAGUAUUCUAUACAACCCCGGAAAUGCUUACUACCGGGGCUGCAGUCGGUUUGAAGGGAAGUCAACAUCGACAGGUUAUUACCCAACCAUGCCGACCAUGCUUCCCCAAUCUGGGUGA